AUGUUUGGCGUGACGGGUUUAAAAGGGUCACAUAGUAACCAGCUCGCGCUGUGGCUUGGUACGGUUCUCGUCGAGCUGCCGGACGACUUGGACGCCCGCAUCGCGCUCUCGGACGCGCUCCUCCACCUGCGCCGCUUCGACGACGGUCUGCGCGUCCUGGACGCGCCCCCGCUCGCACUCCAGAGCGGAACCGGAACCGGAACCGGAACGGCGCCCUGGUGGGAGAGCGCGCGCGCACGCAUGAUGCGCGCGAAGUUUCAGCUCGCGCAGGGCGGCACGGACGCGUUUCUCGACGCCGCGCUGCCGCUAGUGGAAGAAACGAUCGAGGGGGAGCAUCAGGCCCGACAGCGUCGGGCGCUUGAAGCCCGGCAGCCGACGUCGAAGCGCGGCUCGGACGCCCGAAACUUGGACGGGCAAAAUCCUGCGGACGUUUUUGCGGGUUAUACUCCGACUCAACCACGAAAGAAGCAAAAAACGCGGCGCGAGAAAGCGGCCGAGAAAGCCGCCGCCGAGGCGGCUGCGCAAGGGGGCGAAGAGCCCGGUGUGAACGGCCCCCAGGGAACGGCAGAAGGAGGCGGUGUGAACGUGCCCCCGACUGGAGACGCGGCCAGCCGAGAGGAGGACGCGUUGGAGGAGGCCGCGGACGCUGACGUCGGCAGAGAGGGGGAGGACGAUCGUGCUGACGUCAGCGGAGAGGGGGGCGCGGCCGACGCUGACGUCAUCGGGGCCACGCCGGGGUCUCGGGGGGACGAAGCGGAUGGUGCGAACGCGCUCGCCGAGCCGCCGGGGGCGGAGCCCGCGGUGCUGAUCCCGGACGUAUUCACAUCGGGGGAGUCGUUCGAGCUGCUUUUCGAGGUGGUGAAAGGCCUGGCGGAUACGGGGCGGCUGAAGAAGGCGGCGGGGAUCGUGCAACGGGUGAUGCUGCUCGCGAAGAACGCGCCGCCGGGGAAGCGGCUGAGCGGGGAGCAGCGGCGCGUGCUGAAGCAGCUGACCGCAGGCGUGGAGUACACGGAGCGGCCGACAGGUGAGCGCGAGCGUGACACUCUGCGCAACAAAUGCAAGGAAGAGCCCGACAACAUGGCGCUCUGGAACGAGCUCAACGAAAAGGCGACCAGGUCUGGCGGAUACCUGCCGUACCGAAAGUGGCUGUUCCAGCUGCGCGUGAAGCACCCGGGCAGCGUCCCUGUCGCGAUGCUGUGCGGGCACCAGUACGCGUCCAGCCAGAAGCACGCGAGCGCGCUCCGCGAGUACGCGCGCGCGCACGCGCAGCUCCCGGACGAGCCGCUCAUAAGCCUCUCCAUCGGCCUGGCUUUCCUGCACCACGCGAUGAACCGGCGCACGAGCCACCGCAACCGGGCAGUGCUGCAGGGCUUUGCCUUUUUGUACAAAUACCACAGACUGGCCGGGGGCAGCCAGCUCCAACCCGUGCCCUUUCAGGCUGCACUCGAUGGAAGCCGACUUCAACCUGGGCAGGGCCUACCACCAGAUGGGCUUGGUGCACCUUGCUGUGCCCUACUACGAAAAGGCCCUGUCAGCAGGCCUGCGCGCGGAAAAGCCUGGCGAACCGCAGGCGGACGCACGGGCUGCGGCAGGCGAACAGGGCCCGGAGGAUGCGGACAAAGAGGGAGAGCCGAGUUCGGACGUCCGAGAAGGUAG